GCAGAAGUUUUUUAUUGACUCGGUAGAGCUGUGCUGUAGAGUCAGUGCGGUCCGGGCUGGAUCUAAAGGCUGUUUCUCUGAUAUUACAGGUUUUUACCGCGGGUUUUAGAGUCGCUAUGGCGCCGGGUGGAGCUCCUGCUGGGGUGCCGGGCUGGGAGCGGGCUGCCCGGGUCCUGCUCUGCUCUUUAGGGCUGCUUCUCUCGGUCUACGCGCUCCACGUCGAGCUUUCCAAGGAGCACGACCCCAAAUACAGAGCCAUGUGUGACCUGGCGGAGUCUGUGAGCUGCUCCAAGGUCUUCACCUCCAGGUGGGGUCGUGGAUUUGGGCUUGUCCAGAUAGUCACCGGUGAAGACAGCAUUCUUAACCAACCCAACAGUCUGCUGGGCAUCGUUUUCUACAGUCUGCAGCUCGGCCUGGGUCAGAUGUUGUCCGGUUCAGCAGCUCACGCGCUGGUGAUAAUGUCCUGGGUGUCUGUAGCCGGCUCCAUUUACCUGGCUUCAAUUUUGGUCUUUAUCCUGGGAGACUUCUGCGUGGUCUGCGUCUCAACGUACAUCGUCAACUUUGCUCUCCUGUACACCAACCUGAAGAGACAGACGGGGCUCAUGCACAAACUACAAAAAAACAAGACUGGCUGAGGAGAGUGAAGAGUGAGUGUGUGUGUGAGUGUGAGAGGAAAAGGUAGAGAAAUAGAGACACCUCUUUUAAAAGGACCUAUAUGUGGGUUUACUGAGGCGGUGUCCCAAACCACACCUUUAGUUUUUUUGUAUGCAGAUCAUUUUAUAAUAUUUAUAAUACAUUUUACAUUUAUAACAGGACAUUUCGUCAUACACAAUUUAGAUUAGAGCAGUGUGUAGUUUGGGACACAACCUCAGGCCCUAGUUUACAAAAACUAGUCUAUGUACUUACACUACCAAAAGUUUGUGGACUUACCUUCCAGUUAAUGCAUUCAGCUGCUCUAAAAUUGCAUCAAUUGCUGAUAUAGAUGUGCAAAUGUGCACACACAGCUUGUCCUAGACCAUGUAGAAAAGUAUUGCCAAUAGAAUAGGACUCUCUGGAGCAGAUAAUUCUGACCUAUUGAACUAUGCCUUAUGCAAGAUGUGGGAUAGAGGGGAAUAAAUUCCCCAAGCACUGAGCUUUUUAGCAGUGGAACUGUGUUCUCUGCAAUGGUGGUGCUCCAUUCAGUACUUUUGGGAUGAGCUGGAUAGUUGGUCAUCCCAUGUUCUGUCCUCACUUAUGCUCCGGUGUCCCAGUACUUUUGUUCUAACAGGAAACUUACAUCACUUUUUAGCUAACAGCAGUUUAGACGCAUCCAGUGAGACCCAAUGACUUAUUUACUGGGAAAUGCUGGAAAUAGACAAGAUUAACAAUUAUGAAGCAGUGUUUUGAAUAAAUAUGAAUUAUUGCUGUUGAUUUGCUGCUGUAUUGGGACCCGAUUAAUAAGCUCUGCCGUGGCAUUAAUGUUUAUGUCCCUUACAAUUAUAUCAGACUGUUACAAGCUAAAUCAGUGUUAAUUUUGACUGUUUUGGAUGUUUUAAUUAAUAAAGACUUUAUACACCUGAAA